AUGCCGCGGCCGAAGAAACCCGGUGCUCCUGAGCCAAAGCGGAGGAGUCGUGCUGGUUGUUGGCCCUGCAAAACUCGAAAGAUAAAAUGCGACGAGGCAAAGCCAUCAUGUGUGAACUGCCAGAAGCAAGGCGAGACCUGCGACUAUAAUAUAAGGCUAAAUUGGGGGGGCAGAGUGAAGAAGAAACCCGAAUUCGGGGAUGUGAUGGUCACUUCAGGAACGAGUCGCCCGAGUAGCAGAGACUCAACAACUACACCAACACCGAACAUGCUGGUCCCACCCAGGUCAUAUACAAGCCAACCGUCAAUGAUAAAAACAGAAGAAUACCACCCGCUCCCGCCUGAUGUUGCCUAUUCUGCGGCCUUGCAAGAGUCUUCUUCGCAGUAUGGCCGGCUCCCACAGGUUGGAAUGAGGAUGGAGGACUACGGAAGACAUCCGCCUGAUGUUUCCUACGCAGGGACUUUACCAGAACCGUCCUUGCAGUAUGAACAACAACCUUCAAUGAACGUCGAUCCGGCCUUGAUGAGGCCUAGCCUUCAGCCGAUAUUGAUGUAUGAACAGCAAGAUUUUGGUAGUGUUUAUGGCCGCCCGGAUCUCCAACAUGCGCAAAGCUAUGAGAGAUACCGUUCGUUGACUCCUAGUACUCCUGAUACUCCCCUAUCAGCCCAACUACCUCCACUCGCCCGGCUCCGGCACACUCAAGCUCCGGAGGAGUCUCUCUCUCCAACCGACUCGGGUUUUGGAAGCCCUAACACAACCACUUUGUCCCGAAGUAUCACUUUGCCAAACAUUGGUAGCCCUGGUCUAACCCCACCGUUUUAUGGAAAUGGUAAGGAUGACGGCGAGGUUUUGGCACCUGAGAUGGCAGCCGACGACAGACCUUUGAAGCGUGUACGUUAUUAUACUGGCCAAGAUGCCAAUUCUCCCUAUGAUACGAGAAUGCCACCCCCUAGCAUGGCAUCCCUUACGUCCUAUAAUGUCGAAUCCCAAACCUCUUCUCUUGCCAUGCCUGUUCCUGCAAGCUCUGUUGGCACACCCCUCACACCGGCUUCAAGUCUCAGUGAUGAUGGAUACACCAAGCCUUAUUCGGCUAAAACAUCACCACAUGGGGCCCAAGAUUCUCCAGAUUUGCGCAGGCUAUCUGUCAGUUCGCUCCUUUCUGGGCCACCUGGUAUGCCGCACAAUAAUGAUCGGAAUCAUGCCCCAAGAAGCAACCCGGAGGUGCAGGAUUGGUCUGUAUUGUAUCAAGAUGUCUAUCAGGAGACAACUACAUGGGGCAUUGACCGAGGAAUUAAAGAUCUCGACAUUGGCAAGAACGAUGACAUGAACGCAGUCACGGGAGUGUCACCAGUAGCUUUGAGAGACCACCUCGAACUCGUCCUUGACGAAGAUGGUGAGCUAAUUCCGGUGGAGUUUGGAUUUGGUAUGGAGACGAACAAUACCGCAUUUGAUAACGGCGGCUACUAUGACAAGCCAGUUGCUAUUUCCAUUCCUAAAGCGCUGGAGCCAUUGCCUGGCAAACUUCUUGAGAACCCGAUGAAUCUACUACAUCAUUUUUUGAACCAUACGGCUGGGUGCCUUAUCCCACACAACUGCUCUUCAAAUCCUUUCAGGAGCAUCCUCCCUCAGAUGGCCGUUCAGGAUGACAAUCUUCUGAAUCUUCUUCUCGCAUACUCCGCGUCGCACAGGGCACGUCUCCUCCGGCAGCCUGAGCCUGCCACUCGAAUCGCGCUAUGGGUUCAGGAUAUUUUCCCCAAUCUGCGAAGAGCUCUUGACGAUCCAAAUCAGAUUAUCACGAACUCAAAUCUUGCUACCGCAAUUAUGCUUGCAUCUCUUGAAAUCAUCUCGCCGAAAGCCUUUGGAGUUGAAGUCCCAUGGCAGAAACACCUCGACACAGCUCGACAGAUGAUUGCUGCGAGAGGUGGUCCUCAGCGAGUGCAAAGCUCGUCCCGAGGUGAUAAAGUGUCAUCAUUCCUGUGGAGUUGGUUUGCAUAUCUUGAUGUCCUUGGAAGUUUGAGUGGAGGUCAAGCAAAUUCGUCAUCAUCGGCCUGGAUAAUGGACUAUGAGAUCGACGAGGAGAAUGAUUAUCAGAUCGAUUGCAUCCUGGGCUUCACUAGCAGAUGCGUCCGAAUCCUUGCCAAGAUUGCAGAGCUGUCCAGAGUUUGCGACGGUUACAGAAUUGGAGCUGAUCUCGAGAUUCGACCUGAUUGGAAACCCUCAGAAGACACUAUCACUCGGGCAGAGAAACUCGAGGCAGACCUUUCAGAGUCACGACUUCAUCCUGCCAAACCCUGUACUCACAUGCAAUCGACGGGAGAAGGUGCAUACCAGUGGGACAGCCUCGAGAUGGCUGCAACCAAUGAAGCCUUUCAUUGGGCUGGCCUUGUUCAUCUCCACCGACGAAUUCUAGGAAAGCCUUCAACCCAUCCAGAUGUGCAAAAGGCGGUUCUCGAAAUCUUCGGCGCUCUUUACAAAGUCCGGCGAGGAAGUAGUGCUGAAGCCUGCUUACUCUUCCCGAUGUUCACUGCUGGAUGCGACACCGAGGACCAGAAACGGAGGUCGGAUAUCCUGGAACGUAUCAAAGGUGUGGAACGAUUUGGAAUGACCCAAGUUCACAAAGCCCGUACUUUGAUGGAACGAGUUUGGGAGACUGGAAAGCCAUGGGAAACCCUAGUUGCUGGAGAAUUUUUUGGCUGA